GCCAACCAACCGACAUACCCAAUAAAAUAGCCGAGACCUUCCAGAAGUAUUUCACUGACCUAUACGACCACUCCCCUCAACACCGCCAAGAUGACGGCCCCCUACACGAUAACAUACAAACCCUCCUAGCAAAGGCCCACAUUCCGACACUCACGACGGAGGCUCAAGCACACCUCUCUACAGAAAUUACAGAGGAGGAG